AUGAUGUCUCGCAACAGCCGCUCUGGCACCUCUUCGAGCAGGGGGGGGACGGAGGCGUCCUACUCUGGCCGCGAAGGCUGGUCAGAGCGUCGGAGAAGUCGAGAGAGAGAAAGCGCUUCGUCUUCUUCGUCUCGCCGCGAUCGAGGCGGAGACACGAGGCGCAGCGGCGGAAGCGCAAAUGAGAAGUCCGAAUCGUACUCUAGCAGUCGCAAGCGAAUGUCAUCUUCCUCUUCCUCAUCUGUUUCGUAUUCAUGCAGCCAUAGUUCUGACCGGUCUUCCCGGAGACACGAUUCCGAGCGAGGCGCGUCAGGAGACAAAGCGGCGCGACUGUCUUCUUCUCCGUCUGCUCACCGGCCCUCUUCACCUCGUCACCGCGCGUCGUCCUCAUCUUCUUCUCGAAUGUCUUCUUCCUCUUCCUCGUCUGCAUGGCCUUCUACGCGUGACGCAUCUGUUUCGUGGUCUCGAGGCUCCAAACAGGGCUACGGCUCCUCUUCCCGUCGGGACAAGAGCCGGUCCCCGUCGCGUCGCGACCGAGAGGGUUCUCGCGAACGUCGCUACGACCGCCGCCAGGGGUCGUCUUCUCGGGUGUACGGACGCGGGAGUCGGAGUGGCAGCCGCGAAGGCGGCCGCCGCAGCACAAGCGCAAUCAGCGACUCGCGAGAGAAAGAUCCUCUCUCGAACCCUGCGGGUGCUAGCGACUCUGAGCAGGAGGCUGGUCGCCGCAGAAAAGCCUCAGACGAGAUUCUUUACUCUUCUAUUGCGGUUCUCGAAAACAUUCCGGAGAACUGCACUGAGGAGGACGUUGAGGAGCGGGUUCGAUCUGUCUCCAUUUCCAAGGGGUUCUCGGUCCCGAACGGAGUCACAUUCGCCCAAAUGACCCCGCAGGAUCUCCGGGUCCAGCUGGGGAAGGCCCUGCAGGCUCCCGAGACACCCGAGGUGCCGUCCGUGAUGACUGUUGCCUACGUCGACUUCCCCUCUGUUGACGCGGCUGCCAAGUUCCGCCGGUCUUGUCGAACGGGCUCUCUCUUCCUCUUCAAUCGCCACUGUACGGUUCACCACCUCCCGGACAGAACCGCCGCCUUGGAGGCUGACGCGGAUCUCUCGCAGGCAGCGCGAGUUGGGAAGAGCGCGGCGGGGGGCACGGGGCCUCUGCGCAGCGACAGUUGGGCCUGUUUCCGGUGCAACGUGUACAACGUCGGCUCUCGGGCGGCGUGUGGCAACUGUGGGGGCGUUCCGGAGGCGGACCCUUCGCAAGCCGCGGGGACUGGAGACACCCGCGGUCGCGGCGCGAGGGGCUCGUGCGCGAAGGGCGCGGCGGAGGCCGGGGUCGGCGGCUGGGGCUUCGACCCGGUUGAAAACCCCUCUGCGUGGAUGGUUGUCAUGGACGUUCUCGGGCUCGAAGUCGAGGACUUCUUGAAGGCCUUCCGCCGCGCGAGCCGGAAGUUUCAGGUUACUGGGGAGACGGACUCUGGGAAGAAGUCCGCGGACCAGAGCAAGGGCGACGGAGCAGGUUCGGGAUCCUCGGGACGCCUGGAGAUCCAGAAAUGCGUCUACGUCGAAGACAUCGCAAAGGAGGGGGGUGGGAGACCGAACCACUUCCUGCUGCUACGCUUCAGCUCCUCCGAAGCCUCCAUUGAGGGCUGGAAGUGUGUGAAGAGUCUCGUGGGCAAGGAAGUCGCGAGUCAACUCUGUGGGGCGCGGGCCCAAGUCCUGACGCGGAAGGAGAAGCAGUCCAUGCAAGAGAUGCUGAAGAUCGUGGAGAAGACCGGGUCGCGAGACGACAGCAAAGACAUCUCCGUCCUUCGAAUCAAGCUGGAGGACAUGCAAGACAUCGCAAAGUCGUCCUCGGUGUAUGAGCAGCUCCUGCAGCAGUGGCAAGGUUUGCUUCUCCCGCUGGCGACGAAUCAGCCGCCGCUUCUGACGUCUUUGGACGAGAAGAGUGGGUACUACUACGAUGCGUCCAUUGACUUGUACCUGGACCCGACCACGAACUACUACAUGACUUCCGUGGGAGACUACUACAUCCACGAUUCGAGUGUCUCGGCUCUGAGGCGGGUCUGCUCGUACGCAGAUCAGCAGAAGCUGCUUGAGCAAGGCAGCGAAGGCGGCCGCGCCAAGGCGGAUGGGGCGACGGGGGACAAUGGAGGCGAGGCGACUGGGCAGGAGGGUGGGCGGGGAAGCGGGUCGCAUGGCCCGUCGAACUCCACGGACACUGUGGCGUCGCUGUUGGCCGCUGCGCAGAAAACAGCCAAGGCGGCGAAGGAUGCGCUGGAGAGAGCGAAGGAGCAGCGGGGUCUCGACGAGGAACAAAAGAGACAGCGAAGACUGCAAGAGCUGCAGAAGCUCGAAGACCAGCAUCGCCAGAAUAUGAAGCAGAAACAGCUGCAGAAACAGGCAGGGUGUGAUGCAAUCUAUGACGAGACCCAGGCGGGUUAUGGACAAGACCCGAACAUGUUCACGCAGAAUGGCUACAGUGCGGGGAGCGGCGGGGCUUAUGGGGCGCGGCAGAUGGGAGACGGUGGCCCUGAGGCCGAGAUGGCCCAGAACUUCUCCGGGAGGUUCCCCGGAUCGGUGGCGCCGUCGGGCUAUGGCUUUCCUUCGGGGGGAGCCGGCGCUUCGGGUGUGUCUCCGAGCCCAACUAGCGGUGUCUCCCGGGGGCCGAUGGGUUUCACCCCACCGCCGCCUCCUCCUCCACCGGGCGGAAGAGGUGAAGGUGUGCCCGGAAAGGAAGGCCAACAGUUUUUCGUGCCUCAUCAGUUCGGCGGGGAAAACGCACACGGGGCUGGAAGGGGAAGGGGAGGAAGAGGUGGGGGCUUCGGUGGCCACGAACGCGUUUUUGAAGACUCGCGGUCGGGCCUUUUGGGGGUCUCGGGAAUUUUCGAAACUGGGGGCCCCACAGAGGAAGACGAGGAUGAGAGCCUUUCACGCCCAGGUGGACAAGGUGCGGAGGAUCGGGGGACAAGAGAUGCCGGAAAAGACGACAGAAGGGCGGGUUUCUCUGGAGAGAAAGUGACCAAGGAGGACGCGCGUGAUGACAGAGUGAAGAGCGAAGACGAUCAAGAAAAGGAAGCUUUCUGCUUUUUGUGUCUGCGAAAAUUCGUGUCAAAAGACAGCCUGCUGGAGCACGAGACGAAGAGCAAACUACACGCGUGGUUUGUCAGUGAACAGAAAAAAUCGCAACACAAAAGAGAAGAGAAGCGAAAAAAGGAAAUCGAACUUAUGCAGCUCCUGCAGCUCCAGCUUGCAUAACUGAAGUCGGGGUGGAAGAAGUUUACGACUCAGGUGCAUGUGGGGAGAGCAACACAGGGGAGUAUCGAACUGGUUCGUUAGCAGGCAGAUGGCCAUUUGAAUAUGCGGAGCUAUUCCCGUGAAGGAAGGUACAACUGAGAACGUCCAAGGAAGGGAUGCGUGGAAAUCGAAAAGAGGGGGAAAGAAGAGAAUCGGGCGGAUAUGGAGGUGGUUGAAUCGUGAGCUCAGAGGCACUCUCCAUUUGAAGAAGAAUGUGACGAAGAGGUAACAUUGGACCAGGGGGACCGAUAGUAAAGUUGCACUCGUAAAGUGAUUGGAGACUCAUGAAGGCUAUAUAGAUAAGGGAUAAGGCGUCUGUCACUUGGUCGGCUGGGCAAAGUCAUUACUGUUGUCCUGCUACAGAAAGAUACAAAUCUCCCCUCUUUACGAUUCCAUUUCUUCUGUUCCUUCGUUCACACUUCCUUCUGUUUCUUUCGGUGGUAGACGCUGGCAUGCCCUGCUGUCUGAAUGCGAAGACUUUUUUUUACCAGGGAGGAAAUGAAUGCAUUGCAGCUGGUGGCUACGAAGCCACCCUUCGCACUGAACAGAAGCAUACCCUCAUAUCGUUGCACGACGUUUCUUCGUCUCACUGACAUUC